GUGCAAACAUUUCCCGUCAUGGCAGAAAACGACCUUGAGGAACCGUGACCGUGUGUCUUCCUGGAGUUCAGACAGCGUAGGGAUGGAGCCUCUCCAGAUGAGCCCCGUGGUGGAGCCGCUGUCGUGGAUGCUGGGCACCUGGCUGUCCGACCCUCCGGGAGCCGGGACCUUCCCGACGCUGCAGCCUUUUCAGUACCUGGAGGAGGCGCACAUCUCCCAUGUAGGCCAGCCCAUGCUCAACUUCUCGUUCAAUUCCUUCCACCCGGACACCCGCAAACCGAUGCACAGAGAGUGUGGCUUCAUCCGCCUCAAGCCCGACAGCAACAAGGUGGCCUUUGUCAGCGCUCAGAAUACAGGCAUCGUCGAGGUGGAGGAGGGUGAGGUCAACGGGCAGGAGCUGUGCAUCGCAUCCCACUCCAUCUCCAGGAUCUCCUUUGCCAAGGGGCCCCACGUAGAGCAGAUUACUCGAAAAUUCAGACUGAAUUCUGAAGGCAAGCUUGAACAAACAGUCUCCAUGGCAACCACCACACAGCCCAUGAGUCAGCAUCUCCACGUCACCUACAGGAAGGUGACCCCGUGACCCUGUGAGUGCACGCCCGGAGGGCCUGGCUCCGUCCACCGGGGCCUGCUGUGGAGGCGCCGGGGCCGUGUUGUCCAGGUGUUGCUUUGAUGCCACAGAAAACCAAAUAAAAGGCCUUUAUUUUUA